AUGGGGUUGCUUAUGUUAACUAUUUUGGUGUUAGGUCGAGGUUGGAAAACUUCGGAACUGCGUCUCAAGUCGUGGGAUGAUCUUCAAAAGCUGUGGUAUGUUCUUCUGAAAGAGAAGAACAUAUUGAUGACUCAGCGUCAGAUGCUUCAAGACAAGAACAUGCAGUUCCCAAACCCUGAAAGAAUUCCAAAGUGUUGGACCCAUUAUUGGCCUUCCUGCAAUUUUUUACGAGGAAAUAUCCAGGGGUUAGGCCUCUUCACGCUUUUGAGAAAACUCAGAUUCCAUCAAGAAAACAAAGAAGAAAAUUCUUCUUCUUUGUCACCUCCAUCUUGUUCAACAGUUCCUUCAUCGUCUUUGUUUCGGAAACAGCAGUCAACUUCUGCAGCAGCUACCUCGACAAUUCGGAUGGCUAAAAAGUCUCUCGAAGAUAUUUCUUCUAAUAAGCCAAGAUGA